AUGGAUGUCAUCUCCGCCGCCAUCUCCGCCGCCGUCUUCAUCAGCGCAGCCCUCGCGCGCUUUGUUCCUUGGGCCCAGCAUCCCGUCGUGGUCCGGAUCUACAUACUUCGGGACAGACUGCUCGUCUCCCUCGAGAAGGUGUACGGACUCAUGCGACUCAUCGAGGCGAGAGACAACUGGGUAGACGACGAAAAGCUGGUAACGAUAUAUGUGGAUUGCGAGGUGCUCCAGGAUUUUCAUCAAGAGAGGCUCGACGAAGCGCAUAAGAUGGAAGAGGAGUGGUGGGCAGCACAGGUAAAAAAGACAUAUUGGUUCGAUUCGAGCAAGUACUUGGUGAUUUCGCUGGCUAACUUCUUGUUUGUGCAGCCUCAAUACAACCAACUGGCCAACAACAUGCUGGUGGUGCUCGGUGGUGGCGGCCUAUGA